AACCCCUUAGACAUCUUUAAUAUUGAAAUCAAAAUAGAAGAUGUGAAUGACAAUGCUCCCAAAUUUUGGAAAAAUGAAGUGGUGGUGGACAUUCCCGAGACUGUUCCUGAAAGUACGAUAUUCCCCUUGGAAUCAGCUCAAGAUGAGGACCUGGGAGAGAAUAGCAUCCAAAAUUAUACCCUCAGUCACAAUGAGCAUUUUAGGCUUGAAAUACAUAAGAAUGAAGAUGGAAGUAACAAUAUGUAUCUUAUUUUGAAGAAAAUAUUAGAUAGGGAGACGAUGCCACACCUUGAAUUGAUUCUAACUGCUAUUGAUGGAGGAGUGCCCAAGAAAACAGGCACAGUUCAAAUUAAUAUUAAUGUUCUGGAUAAUAAUGAUAACUUUCCUCUGUUUAGUAAGUCUGAAUAUAAGGUAAGAAUAAAGGAAAACAUUCCUAAGGGCACUCUGGUGAUUAAGGUGGAAGCCUCAGAUCUUGAUUUUGGUUCAAAUGCACAGAUCCUCUAUUCAUUCCAUCGGGUCCCUGAAAGAAUAAGU